AUGCAGACUGCUUCUACAAACAUUUGUGGAAGACUGUGCAAUAAAUCCAUCCGUGAAAUUUCCCGGCUACUAAAUAUUCCACAGUCAACUAUUUGUGCUAUUAUAACAAAGUGGAAGCAACUGGGAACAACAGCAACUCAGCCACCAAGUGAUAGGCCAUGUAAAAUGACAGAGUAGGGUCAGCGCAUGCUUAAACGCACAGUGUGCAGAAGUCACUAACGGUCUGCAGAGUCAAUAGCUAAAGACCUCCGAACUUCGUGUGGCCUUCAGAUUAGCACAACAGUGCAUAGAGAGCUUCAUGGAACGGGUUUCCAUGGCUGAGCAGCUGCAUCCAAGCCUUCCAUCACCAAGUACAAUGCAAAGGGUCGGAUGCAGUGGUGUAAAGCAUGCCGCCAUUGGAUUCUAG